AUGCAUUCGCAACUCAUCCUUCGGUUGACCGUAGAGGUCGCCUCUGGGGAUAGCUGGUCCGCCUCUCACAGUCCCUCGCAAGCCGCAGUAGACGGCCGAGGAAGAGGCCAGGAUAACAGCGAUGCAGAGGGCACCCGUGCCAUGCUGAUAGUUGUCAAAGAUCCUGAAACCAUGUCAGUCCAGCAGUUGACCGUGAUGAUUCAAGACCAGUGGAAAGAUGUUUGGCCCCUCGAGGGGCCUUUAUGUGUCGGCCGACUGAUCAACAAGGCUUUUCCCCACGCGCGCUUCUCCCUGCGCUCCACAGUCGCCGACGUCUGGCUCGACCGAGGCCGUGCAGCCCUCGAAGGAUUCGACCAGCGCGGCACUGUAACGGUUAUUCCGGAGGCCACCGUCCCUUCCGUCAUCCUUUGUCGCUGCCAAGGGGCUACUGCUCCUCUGGUUGAAGUAGUUGAAGGCACCUCUCGACCGGCCAAGCGCAAACUUAUUGAGGAGAUUUGCGAGUCGACCACCCCCACCGACGCAAUGGAGGGGAUCACCAAAAUCGACCAGGCGCAGCCAAGAACGCCAGAGCAAGGCGCCAAACGACGCAGACUGUCCGGUAGCACUGGCGGCGAUUCGUCGUCGAAAUCAUGCGAGACCCAAGUGUUCUCAACGAAGACGAUCACCCCGUGCUGUUACGGCGCUAUGCGGGUGCCUUCAUUCGCUUGUCCUUCUGGACACAGACGCAACACCAGUACGGUGUCUGGUGGCUCUUCUACAAGGGGCCUUGGGCUUGGAAUCACUGCCAGCCCGGGCUACCGAAGACAGCUUCAGAGUCUUCGUCCGUCAACCGGUGAAGGCCUGGGGUCACAAUUCUUGCCGCCGCCUCCCCGACCACGGUUCUCAUCGCCCUUUCGCUUCCGUGAGGGGAUGCCCUCACAGCCCCCCGAUGACGCGCCUUCCUUUGGCCAACGACAACUUCAAGCGCGCUUGAGCACCUCAUCGGCCCCGGAACGUGCCUUGGCUCAAAACCACGACGCCGAACCACCUCGGCAGGAGAUCUCAGAUGACGAGAUGACGUCCCCCCCCAAGCCUGUCUCAAAGACUUCGUCGUCCACACCAUCCUUCAAAUGGUCGUCACUUCUCCCUGAGCUUCGUGGCAUUGAACGGCAGCAAAAGGCCACGUUCACCAAGCAGGCGCGCGUCACUCUGAACGAGAUGCUCCAAAUCUCCAAAGAGCUGACCAAGAUCGAGGGCGAGACUGGUCGGGAUCCCGCCCAGCGGAAGAGGCUGUUGAGCGCCAUGCGCAAGCGGCUUGAUCGACGCCGAGACAAAGUCCGGAAGAUGAAGGCCGAAGGCAGCCUGCUUGUCCCCGAGAUUCCCAACCUUGAGGACCCUGCUAUCGAGAAUGGGGAUCUCCAACCCCCUCAGAAGAAUGAGCCCAUGAAAGCGGGCCUGUUACCGAAGGGUGGUGCAAAGAUCAAGAUCCCUACUUCUCCGGCCGGCCGCUCGCCAGCUACGGCCUCUCACCACGGCUCUGAUUGCAAGGACGAGCCCAAGGAUGUGACUCCCGAGAGCACCGGUGUCAUGGUGUGCAUCAAUGGUGACUGUACGGACGUCAUCUCAACCGCCACCAAGGAUACCACUCGAGAAGCUCAGUCCACCGGCAGCUCCACGAUCGCCGACAGACUCCCUGAGAGUUUCACUUCCGGUGAAGAAAUCUUGACCGAAAGCGAAGGGAGCGACAUUGCGCACCAUGCCAAGUUGACAAAGACCAAGCGACCUCCUUCUUCCCUCGAAAUCCGGAUCACCAGGGAAAAGAGCCUGAAGUCGGAUGCGUCCUUUCACAAGUUGACCCGCUCAGCAAGGUCCUCCUCGAAACUGCCGACUGGGGAUUGUUUCAGCAGGCGACUCAACGGGUAA